AUGAAUGCUAUAAUACCUUCCUGCUCCAAUAAUGUACCCGAUACUCCAAUUGUGACCAAAAGACUAAGAAGAGACAUAGAAAGCCCUGCAUCAGAUCUUGUUUAUAAAAGAUCUUCUGUUAGCCGGAAGUCAAUAAGCACACUGGGCAGGGAAUCUACUUCAGAGGUGACGACAACGAUUACGGAAGAGUGCAAAAGAUCCUGGCCUGUCAAACCAAAAAAAUCUGCACCAAAAGUUAUUAAGAAAAAAACUGAAAAGCAAGUAUUUUAUCCUGUGACAAAAUAUGAAGUUGAUUAUACCAAUCAAAAUUAUGUUCGAAGCAAAUGUAACAAAAACAAAGGUUUACACCGUUACGUAGUUGGCAGGACUUACAAUUGGGAUGUGGAAUAUGAUAAUCAUUUUUAUGUUAGAAGCAAAGUUGAUUGUCCAAAAGGUUUGCAUAGAAAAAUACCAACUAUAAAGCGAAAGCGAUUGCCAAACAGAAAUGAUCUAGCAGAUAGCACUGGUUGGGAAUUUGACUAUGGUCUUGAAUAUGACCAAAUUGAAGGUGAUGUGCCAUAUAUGCCUGAGGGAAAUUUUGUAACAAGAGGAGGAUACCGUUUCUAUGGAGUCCGCAGGAACGAUUCAGAUAUGGAAGGAGAAUUCAAAGAGUCCCGCAAAGAGAUAAAGGAAUUAAUGAAAGACGAAUUCAAAGUUGCUGGGGAGUUCUCCCAAGAAGAUAUUCCACUUAUAAUAAAGCGGAAAGAAGGAAGAAUUUGCAGAGGUGGCUAUCGUUUUUAUGAUACAGAUAGAAAUACUUACGAUGUCGACUCUGGUGAAGACGUAGACUUCGAAACUAGUGCAGAUUAUGAUGAUUAUUAUCCUAAAAGAGAUCAAUAUGAAACAGAAUAUACUGAUAUUAAAAAAGGAAAACCAUUCAAACGUACCAUAUUAAAGAAGACUUAUAGUUUUUUCCCGAAGAAAAGUGUUUCUCAGGAGAAAAAGAGGCAAGCCACAGGCAUUUCUUUUGUACCAGGAGAAGGAAGCAAGUCAUUUUACGAAGGAGUCUCUUAUGUUCGUUCUGGUACGCAAGUGAAAAAACAUCCGAGUAUCAGAGAAGUCUAUAAACCGGUAAAGAAGUCCAGCAGUUACAUUACAGUGACUAGCAGAAGACGACGUUCAAGUACUCGGGGUGAUGAAAAAGACAUUUAUUUGAAAGGAGAGUACGAACAAAGAUUUUCUGACGAAGCACAUUUAACCUCUAGAGAUGAAAAAAGAUACUCAUUACCAGAAAGGAGGUCUGAGGAAUUCGCCGCAGAAAGAAGAUUCAGGGAACCAGAAGAAUUUGUAUAUUCAGCACACGCAAUGAGUGAAGAUAGACCCCGAAAAAUAUCCUCUUAUUCGGAAUCCGAGCACCGAGAAAUAGAUGACAUGCCAAGAAAAAGGCAGAUUACUCAAGCUGAGAGCAAAGAAAAAGUACUUAAAAAAGUGUUACCUCAUCUUACAUUCAUGCUGAAAGAAGUAAAAGAGCGAAUGGCAAAUAAGAUGGAUCAAAUUAUCAAGGAUGAAAUUACAGCUAAUGAAGACUUAUCAAGAAAAGUAUCACCUUAUAUUCUCUCCAAGCUAAGAGAGAUAAAACAAAGAAUGGGAAAGGAAAUAGAUCAAGUUAUAAAACACGAGCAGAAAAACUCUUUUGGAUUAAGUGAUGAGAAGACAGAAAAGCAAGAAACUAGCAAAGAAGAUCUAGUCAAAAAAAUAGCACCUCAUAUUAUAGCCAAGCUGAAAGAAAUAAGUAAGAAAGUAACAAAAGAGGUGGAUCAAGUUAUACAGAAAGAAGCAGUAAAACAUAUAAAUUCAAAUGGGCAAAAUGGUGAAAAACUACAAAGAAGGCAUAAAAGCACAUAUGGAAGUAGUAAAGAUGACACUUAUAAAAUUAUACCACCACAUAUUCAAUCAAGGCUGAGAAAGAUACGAGAACAAAUGGCUAUAGAAAUGGAUAGAAUUAUAAAGGAUAAGCUCAUUCAUCCCAUUGGGCAACUUAAUGAAAAAUUUGAAAUAGAUGGGGAAGAUGCUAUU